AUGUGUUCCUUCUUGAGAGUGGGAUCCCAAAAAUAUUUGGGUCCUAAGGGAUUGGGAACUUCCCUUGAGCCACAGAAGGCCUUUCCCAUAGAAAUGAGUGCCCUGAAGGAACCAGGUGAGAGGACGUCUGUACUGAGCAAGAAGGUAGGACUCACCCAGGAAAGAAAGGCUGACUUAGGAGAAAGGAGGGUCUUCGUGGGGAAAUCUCCUACAGAGUUGGGGCUCAGCAUGGAAUUCGGAAAAGAAGAUUCCCCAAGGGGAAAGAGCCCUUUUGUUAGUAAUAAAUGUGAGGCGAGGAUGGCCUCACCAGAAACAAAAUCUCCAUCGGAUAAAAUGGAGGCUGAAAUGAGACUGAAAGGACAGAGCAUUUCUGGGACCCCCAUGGAGAGGAGUAAUUUAGGCGUCAACAGGGUCUCAGGCUCACAGGAAACAAAACCUUUUCCGGCUAUAUUGUCAGGAAGAAUGGGGUUAGAAAAUGAGGGUCCUCUGGAUGAGUGUUCCGGAAGGAUAAUCCGGUCUCCCUUGGGCAUGGUGUGUGGAAGCCCACAAGAUCUAGGGAGCGGGAGAGGUACUAUGGGUGGGGCCCCCGAAGGCUUAGGGGGUACUAUGGGAAAGCAGCUGCCUUUGAGUAUGGUGCCCCAACAGGAGGCAAAAAAAGAAUCUACUUGUGUUGUGAUGAAGCCCAGCCAAGAGAUGAUACCUCCUGUGGAGGUGGACAUUGGACUACCCCAUUCAGAGGAGCCAGACCAAACGAAGAGCAUAGAGCCUCAAUUAGGCUUGGUCAUAGAACCUGCUGAGUGCCGUUUUGCCCACCAACGUGGAGAGGAAAAGAGUGCUGAAAACACGGAACCCGAAGUGCAGCCUCCAGAUCAGACCAAACCCAUAUAUGCUGGGAAAUUUUUUGAUCGGAUGCCUUGCUGGCCAAGCGCAGGGAAAGUUAUUCCUGUUGGGUACAGAGUUGCAGACUGCUUGACUGAAAAACUUCCCAGGUUAAUGACCCCACCAGAGGCAAAAAAGUUUUUCAACUUCAGAUAUCCACCUGUUGGAGCAGAAAGAAUAUUUUAUGGCAGAGCGAAUGAUCCUCAAGUUUCACCUUAUUUGACACAUGGACGCAGAUCUUCAGUUUCAAUACCGGCAAAGGUAUUGAUAAACCCACAACCUAUUACAACAUUUCAACAGAGAAUUAAAGAUAAAAAGGAAUCAAUAUAUUUUAGCAAUCGAUGGGCACCAUUAGGAAAAUCUCAUGAUCAAACGGCAGGAUUACCGAAAGGCCUGGAUAUACUCAAUACCACAUUUGGGACAGCAGUCAUCAGAGAAAUUUCUGCUGGAGAUGUGGUGAAUCCACCAAAAUCCUAUGAAGAAGUAUUCAAAGAAGGAAAGGAUGGCCAUGAUCUGUAUAUUGUUUCUCACAAUGAUUAUUUUGCAGGAGAAGCAAAGAACCGAAAGUAUAAUCCAGCAAGUUUUCAUAGGUUUAAUUUAUAUGGGGUCCCAACACCACAUUUUAAUGAUGGAAGAAAUAUGGCAAAAACUUUACAUUGGCUCCAAGAAAUGCAAAUGAAAAAAGGAGCUAAGAUUGUAUCUAAGAGAGUGGAUGAUUUCAAAGAAAAGUUUCAACAUAAACUUGGAAGAGUUUUAGAUCCCAUUGCAGAAACAAGGAAGGUUCCCCCAGACCACACAUUUGGUGCUUGUCUUCGCCCUGAGGAGUAUGGGGCUGGUGAUCUCAUCCAUAAUAGAUGUCCAGGUGAAUAUCUUCGAGGCAAGGAUAGACAGCGAGCCCUGAUUUCAGCAGUUCGACAUCACUUUAAGAAAGUUAACUACCAAAACUUUGACACCUUGCUGUCUGCCUUCCGGCACUACGACAAGAAAGGAGAUGGGGUGAUAGAUAAAGAUGAGCUCCGGGAAGCUUGUGAACAGGUCAGCCUGCAUUUAGAUGAGAAACUCCUGGACCAGCUAUUUGAGUACUGUGAUGUGGAUAAUGAUGGAUUGAUUAACUACCUAGAAUUUGCAAAUUUUCUGAACUGGAAAGAUAAAAUGCCUCCUAAGGAAUUUGAAAAAAGGGUCAUUGUUAAAGGUAGACAGAUAGACUGUACAAAACCUACUGAGGAGAGAUUUGAAAAAUGUGAGCCAACGCUCUUGAUAAAACCAGAAGAUAUUGUCAUUAAAGAACCAGGGAGCUCAGAAACAACUCUCCGGACACUUCUGAGGCCAAGUGACAGCGUUUCUAGUCAUUAUAAGACAACUUCUUCGGAGAUCAGUGCGGUUGUAGGAGGUGUACCUUCUACGGCUUAUCCUGUCUAUGGUGUCCCCACCAUCCGGUGUGAUAUUCCUGUCCCCCGAAUUCGUCGCAUCAGCGAUAGAACUAAUUAUGGUGAAGAAGGAAAUGCCUAUUCCUUACUGCAUCCCUCCAUCUUUGCUCAGAAAGGAGUGUUUGAAAGAGAUUUCUUCAAGGCCCGAUCAAAAAAAGAGAUUGCAGAGAUAUUAUGUAACAUUGGUGUCAAGCUUUCUGAUGAAGAAUUUGAAAAAGUAUGGAAUCUUGCAUCAAAAAAACAUUAUAGAGGAGAAGUUUGUGUCGAGACUAUCAGAAAUGUUCUAGAUGAGCUACAACAUGCAGAGAGGAUUAAAUAUAAGCAUGUUUUCACUGACAUAUCUGAAGUGAUCAUGGCUGACUCACUGAGAAAGCUAAGAAUGGCCUUGGACAUUGCUACUGCCUUUCAAGGAGGCAUCUAUGCCAUGAUCAACACAGAAUUCCCUAUAUUCAUAACUAAUGAGCCUGCUAAUUGUUGCCAAGUGGCCACCCCCAAGCUUAGUGAAGGCGCUUGCUGGCUGCAGGCCUGCUGGCGCAUCCGGGCAACGCUAGACUCCUCCCCACUUUCCGGUCCUCAGAACUUCGAUUCCCGCGCAGGAAGCCAUGUGCAGUGGGCUGAACGGGUGAGCGACCCGCCCCCAAAGCCUGUGGAUAAGCUUCGGGACUGGUGA